AUGGGCAGCGCCAACCAGCCGCUCCUGGGUCACCACCAGGAGGAUCAGCUGUGGGACAGGGUUGAGGCUGCCCCGCCCGCCGGCACGUGCACAACCGUGGAGCAGGUCUUUAAGGAUGGCGAUGUGAUCAAGUACCUCCAGUUCCAAGGCUGCCAGCAGGUGGCAGAGUUCAGGUUGCCAGACCGGCUCGUACUGGGCAAGCUGGGGGACGACAGCAUUACGACGAUGGGCGCAGAUCGGGCCGACCUGGACUUUGAGGCGGCGUGGCGCGAGGAGCUGGGCGCCCCGCUGCCUGAGACUGCAGGCUGGGAGGCCACUAUCCCCGUGGUGGCGUACGUAGUGACGAUGGUCGAUGCCGCAGCCCCCGAUAAGCAUGGCCUGCUGCAGCCCCUGCUGAAGCGAUGGCAGGCUGGCGGCCUGUCAUACUCGGUUUUUGCGCUGCCGGCAGUGCAGGCUGUGAUUGACUGGAAGUGGGCCCGCUUUUGCAGGAGGCUGCUGCUCUGGGAGCUGGCGUUUUUCCUGCUGUGGCUCUUCUCCUUCUUUACCUUCACGAUCCUCUUCCAGGCAGGCCUUCUGCUGCGUCAAUGGGAUGCGCCCACAUGCAGCCUGCACAAGGCUCACCACGCCCCGCCGCUUUGGCCGCAGGACGAGGAAACCCAGAUGAGCCUGUCAGAAAUCCUGGCCACGCCGCGUGGCGCUGCCACCGUCUCCACCGUGGUGGCUUACGGCUGGGGCUGGGCAACAGUAUGGAACCUGCUAGACACCGCCACGUACGCCGUCCAGAUUGCCAUCGUGGUGAUGCACAUCGGUAGGCUGGAUAUCAGCUCGGAUUACCUCAGCAUCCUCGCAUCGGCGCAGUGCAUUCUGCUGCUGUUCAGGCUCCAGUACUUCUCCCGCGUCUUUCGGGCCACCAGGUUUUCUUUUCUGGACGAUCUGAAGGAGGUCCUGCAUGAUGUUAAGGCCUACCUGGCUUUCCUACUCCUGCUCUUGGCCGGCUUUGCCACCAGCUUCCACAUUCUACACAGACGCGACCAGGAGAAGCACGAUAACUUCAGUAGUAUCGGCAAGUCAAUGAUGACCAUGGUCACUUGGCUGGCGGGCAACGCAGACCUGAAUCCCCUCUAUGAGGACUCUAGCAACCCAGUUGCCGCCAGCCUGCUGGGAGUCCUGUUUGUGUUUUCACUUGCGACAGUUCUCAUGAACCUGCUCAUCUCCAUCAUGACCAACACCCUAGAAAAGGCGCGGCUGAGGGAGCCAGACAAGGAGCCGAAGGAGGGAGACGAGGGGGACAGGGCGCAGAGCGCCAGUGGCAGCAAGUCUGGGGCCAGCGCCGCCGGCGCCAGCGCCAGCGCGGCGGGGCUGGAGGCAAAGGUGGACGCUGUGCAGGCCGAGCUGGCAGAGAUCAAGAAGAUGCUGCUGGAGCUGCAGCCGAAGGCUGUGGGCAGCGCCGAGCUGCACGGCCUGAUGAUCACCCUGGCAUCUGACAAGCCGGAGCGCGACCUGGACCUGGGCCCCGGCAAGGCCUCCUCUGCCUUUGCCGACAUGAAGAACGCCCAGGAGAGCUACAUGGAUGACGCACGCCAGGAGCCUGCCCAGGAGCAGAUGCACGAGCCCGAGAAGGUUGCCGGUCACCGUGGAGCAACUUGCCUCGUUCACCAACACCAGCUACUACGCCUGGUCUGCCUGGUCUGACAUUAACAGCAGUUCCCUCUCACAGGGCUCAGCUACCCAGUGAUGCAGGAUGACCCUGCAUUCGCACCAGAGUCUGGUACUGUGCGAGAGGCUGCCUACCCAUUCCAGGGCGAGCGCUCCGGCGCUACCUCAAGCGAGGAAGAGGACAUGUCGCAGUACGCUGCCCCAGAAGCCGGCGAGAAGCCCCGCAAGGGCGCCUGAUGCAACGGCAGGGUCGCCAACAAGCGUGCUAGGGUGUGGGGCCCUCUUGGGCAGCAGAUAACACUCAGUCCAGUUGACAGUAUCACCCAGCAUAACAAGCAAGAGC